AUGAGACCGAUUGAGACUUUUCCACUUUGUGUCGCAGAUAUUGGGGAGCAGUAUGCUCAUGUAGGACCACAUGACACGUUCAAACAGGCGAAGGAAUCACGCCGAUGUUAG